GGCACACACAAUGUCCUUCAAAUUCGGGCUCAAUGUGAAGAACAAACUCGCAAACGGGCCCGCAAAGCCGGCGCUCGGGACAAAGCGGAAGAACAAGACAAAAGCGCUCCUGGGCGGUGACGACGACGAGGACACAAAGGGCAAAGCAAAGGCCGUCGACUCGCAGGUCGAAGAAAUCAGCGCCUUCAACUUCGACGACACGCUCGCCGCAUCCUCGGGGCCAUCCUCGCCCGCCCCUACAAAGCCCAAGAAAGGCGCGCCCCCCGCCCCGCCAACAGCGAAACCAAAGCCCAAACAGGACGAUCCGACAGCCAUCGGCUACUCGGCCAGCGCAAAGGAAGCGGAGCGACUCGCCCUCGAGGCCGCUGCCCAAGAUGCCACAAUCUACGACUACGACAGCGCCUACGACGCCCUGCACGCGCGUCAGGCCGCCAUGAGCGCCGCGGCCAAGACGGAGGCCGCAGACCGGACGCCCAAGUACAUGGACGCGCUGUUCGAAGCUGCGGAGCAGCGGAAGAAAGAUCAGCUGCGCGCCCGCGACAAGCUGCUCGCGCGUGAGCGCGAGGCCGAGGGUGACGACUUCGCCGACAAGGACAAGUUUGUGACGGGCGCGUACAAGGCGCAGCAGGAAGAGGCGCGCAAAGCAGAGGAGGAGGAGAAGCUGCGUCUGGCCGAGGAGGAGCGGCAGAAGGCCAAAUUCGGUAUGCAGGGCUUCCACAAGCAGAUGCUGGCCGAGCAGGAGAAGAGGCACGAGGAGGCCAUGCGGUACGCGGCCGAGGCGAGCGCGAGGGGCGAGAAGCUGGUCGUUGAGGCGGAGAAGAGCGAUCGCCAGAUUGCCGAGGAGGCGAGGGCGCAGGGCAAGAACGUCAUGCUGAACGAUGCGGGUGAGAUUGCAGAUAAGAGACAGCUGCUCAGCGCCGGGUUGAACAUCGUUGCGAAGCCCCGUGCCUCGCCGCUUGCAGCACAGAAGGAGAAGCAGAAGGUCAAUCCGUUAACGUAUCAGCCGAAAGCUCCCAAGAGCGCUCAGCGGGAAAGGCAGACGGCUAUGAUCGCCGAGCAGAUCGAGGCUGCGAACAAGCGCAAGGCCGACGAGGAGGCCGAAGAGCAGGCCAAGCUGCAACAUGCAGCCAAGAGCCAGAAGACGGCGACGGACAUCACCAGUGCGAAGGAGAGGUAUCUGCAAAGAAAGAAGGAGGCUGCAGAGGCCAAAGCGAAGGCAGCGGCUGGCAAGUAAAUACAUGUGUGACAGAAGCUGAAAAAACAAGAUACCCAAUACAUUCGAUUACGACGCAUCGG